GUCUUUCUUCCAUUUAGGAUUAUUUCUCACCGUCAUGUCCGAGACGGCCCCCGUUGCGCCCGCAGCCCCGGCCCCCGAAAAGUCUCCGGCCAAGAAGAAGGCGAAGAAGCCGGCGGCGGCAGGCGGGGCGAAACGCAAAGCCGCGGGUCCCUCGGUGUCCGAGCUGAUCACCAAGGCGGUGUCCGUGUCCAAGGAGCGCAACGGGGUGUCCCUGGCCGCCCUGAAGAAGGCGCUGGCCGCCGCCGGCUACGACGUGGAGAAGAACAACAGCCGCAUCAAGCUGGGGCUCAAGAGCCUGGUCGCCAAAGGCACCUUGGUGCAGACCAAAGGCACCGGCGCCUCGGGCUCUUUCAAGAUCAAUAAGAAGGCCGCCGGCUCCGAGGGCAAGGCCAAGCCCACAGCCAAGAAACCUGCGGCCGCGGCUAAGCCCAAGAAAUCGGCCAGCGCCGCUAAGAAGCCUAAGAAGCCCGUUGCCUCUACGAAGAAGAGCGUGAAGAAGACCCCGAAGAAAGCCAAAAAGCCGGCAGCGGGAGCCAAAAAGGCCACCAAGAGUCCGAAAAAGGCCAAAACCGCGAAGCCUAAGAAAACAGCCAAGAGUCCGGCCAAGCCGAAGGCGGUGAAGCCCAAAGCGGCGAAGCCCAAGGUUGCCAAGGCUAAAGCGGCUAAGCCUAAGAAAGUGGCGCCCAAGAAGAAGUAAGGAGUUGGCCCCAGACUAUUCGAAACCCCAACGGCUCUUUUCAGGGCCACCCACAGAUCUCAAACAAAGGGCUAAACGCACUGCGAGUUGUGGGUCGAGUCGACUUUGGCUUGGGGCCAAAGAGGCACUUGGCGCCAGGUUUGGUAUAGGCUUAUUUCUAAAGUGCUGCGUGGCGCGUGUAUAUGGAUCCCGGAAUAUCAGAGUAACAGCUGAGGGUGGGGAAGGUAAGGAAGAGAAUCAGGUUAUCCCACGUGGUUGUCACAGUGAGGUAGAGAAGUGGCACA